CGUGUGUGUGUGUGUGUGUGUGUGUGUGUGUGAACUCACUCCGGGCAGGGAUGAACACGGACCCAGCGCCUGGCCCUGGGCUGCUGGGAGGGAGGCCAAGUUCAGGGGCAGCCUGCAGGUCAGGUGACCACAGAAGGUCUCUGAGGUCCCCCGGGCUGGAGCAAGGAGGGACAGAGAGGGGCCAGGCUUCAUCCAGCAGACGGACAAGCAGGACACUCUGGAGGAAGCGUGGUUUGGGCUGACCCUGAAGGACGGGGACACGGGGCCAGCCACAUGUGGGGUGAUCGGAGACGCCAGGACAGGCCCUCCAAGGGCAGCACCCCACUUCGGCCCCUGAUCCCCUGACCGCGGCCGCAGGGCACGGGGCGGCAGGGCGUCUGGCUCACCAGUUCCCGGCGGGAGGCGCUGUGGCUCCGCGCUGCUCUCGGGCUUCUUGGACGGCUUGGCCUUCGCCUGGGAGCCUGCAGGGGGCGCAGCAGCCCGACCCUCAUCUCCCUGCAGGGGCCAAGGUGGGGCCUCCCCAACUCGCUGGGGUCCCCUUGCUUUACUGAGCUCUGGUGUCCACAUCCUGCCCACUUCCCAGGGUCCCGGGACAAGGGACGGCUAGGCUCACCCUCUAGGUAUCCAGAGGGGACCAGUGCAGCCCCUGCCGAACAGGCUCCAGGCCAGGCGGUGGGGAAAGGGGUGUGGUCAGGGGUGAGGCGCUCCCCAGGGCAGUCUGUGCCCAACUAGCUCCUCAACUAGGCACCUGGGCUGGAGGUCCCCCGUGGAGACGAUGCCACAGGCAGGGCGACUCUUGGCUCCUCCGGGGCCUUCCUCUUGGUGGGGGGUCUGGGCAGCAGCACUGGGGCCUUGGGGCCCGUCGGGGGCUUCCUCGCCUUCCGGGGCUGGGUGAGGUCCACAUCUGCAGGGUGCAAGGGGGGCCGAGCCUCAAGACCGGAGCCCCCACCGUGGCAAGGAGGGCAAGACCCCGGCCCUUCGGCACACAGAGCCCAGGACGGUCCUGGGUGAUGUCCAGGGGCUCCCUAACCACGCCCGGCCCUCCCUCCUCAGUCCAGCUGGAGUGACUCCAGCCGCCGCAGGCCCCCAGCGAGGGGGCCCGAGCCCCGUGGACCCCCGCGCCCCCACAGUGCCCUCCCCACCUUUGGGGAAGCCAUCUAAGAUGGGCUGUAGCCGGGCGUAUCUCUCCAGGUUGUAGUCCUUAAAGAGAACCCUCCAGAAGUCCAGGAUGGCAGCUGCGUCCUGGGUCAGGAGCCACGAGAGGAGCGCGUGGAAGGCCUGUGGGCAGCCUUCCUUCUCCUUCAGGCGCAGAGUCUCCUGAAGCAAGGCGGGGAGUGGGAGGCCCUGCCGCCUGCCUCCCCAGUACCCCUACUUCCUGCCACCCUCCCGGAGGGUGCUGCAGGAGACGUGGGCGCCGUGUCCAUGCCCCUGGGUUGAGGUGGGCGUGGGCAUGCCCGAGGGCGCUGGGGGCGAGGGAGGCCGGCCUGGGACUCGGGGACCACAGCCCUGGCUUGGAGGGCAGCUUCAGGAGGGCCGGGAGGGGGCAUCGGGAGGACAGGAGCUUGUCCUGGAGGCCAGGCCCCUGACCUGUGAUCACACCAGCAGCCCCCGUCCCAACCUUCUGACCCCCACUCGUGGGGGGCCAGUGAGGUCCAUCUGAAGCUCGCCCUCCCAGACAUUGGCCCUGGCUCGACGGCAGGGCUUGGGGAGACCAGGGGGUGCCGGGAGUCUGGGUUGGGGCCCACCUGGAACUUGUCCUCGGGGACCACGUCGUGGUCGGCCAGCGCGUGCAGCAGCGGGAAGGCGCUGUCCACGGCCACGGCGAUCUCUGUGCGGUGCAGCCUCAGGAGACGGCGCAGCACAGCGUCCCCACCUGCCCGGGCCUCGCCCGCCGUCGUGGGUUCUGGGGGCAUGGGACUCGGGGCCCCCUCUCCCCGCCUGGGGUCCCGCGGCCUUGGGGCGCCACUGGCCUUGGGGAGUGGCUGGGCCAUCUCUGCCUCCUGGCCCUCGCGCGGCCCCUGUCCAGGGGCACAGCUGGGAGGGCACCCGUGGAGGGCUGAGCCCAGCCAGCACCCCGUCUCUGUUAUAGCAGACUCUCCCCGAAAAGAGCAAAGGCUGUUUCCCCAGAGCCAAUCAGGGCCAGAGGGCGGGGCCAGAAAGGAAAAUUCUGUGUGAUCCAGUGAGGACCAGGCCCCAGGCCCCCCAGCUCCACGCCUGCCAGAAGGCUGUUGGCAUCCCUCCCCUUGGUAAAGGAGGCUUCUGGGCUGGGGCCGACCCCUCGGUGAGAGGGCUGGGAGGCAGCCAGCCCAGGCACCCUCCACCUCACCCAAGGCGCACGGGCCACUCCGCCCGGGACCACGGGGCUGACUGGGGCAGGGUCCCCCGUGGGGAGCGGGCAUUACCACCUCCAUUGCUCAGGGCCUGGGCCUGGGCCGUGGGAGGGUCAGAUGGAGGAGUGGCUGUCGGGUGGAGGACUGAGUGCCUGCCGGUGGGCGCAGCACCGGGCAUUGCCUACAGGCUGUGUGGCGCCGGCCCCGUGGCUUUCCUUCUCGGAGACCCAUCUUCCACGGGAGCACACGCCCCCGGGGGACCCGCUGCAACCUACCCGCCCCUUCCCGCAGGUGUGUUCCGAAAAAGCUCAGAGAAGGCAGCUGGCGCGGUGGACCGACGCCCCGAGCGUGGGCCCCUGCCCUUGUCCUGCUCACGGCCCAGUGGAGGGACGCCCCAGGAGCCUUUCCAGGGCCGGCGACGGAGGCUGGAGGAUGAUGCCGGGAAUCGGGGAGGCCGUCCUGGGGGGCUGUAGCAGGCGGGGGACCUGCAUCCCAGGCUAUGAUGGGUGCUGCCAGAUCACGGGACCCAGCGUGGCCUAGGGCAGAGGCACAAGGGCCACAGACGAAAGGCACGUCCAGGCGGCCGGGCUUCAGAGCCACGGGAGGUCUUUUGGAAGAAGAACCUGGACAGUCUUGGAUGGGCUGGUGGUCAGUGUGGGGCGGGAGGACCCAGGAAGCCCGGGGUCAGGGCAGGGCUGCGCUGGGAGGAGGGGCCGCCCACAAAGGGAGGGGCCCAGGCAGAUUCCGUGGGGGUGUCGCCAAGAUUCACGAGGUCGCUAUGUUCUCUACUGUGGUGGGAGUUCUGGGGGCGCUGCUGAGGGCCUCCUCCUGCCACGGGAGGCCUGUGUGGGUUUGUCCCCCUCCCUGGGCUUGGGUCCCUCGGAUUGCUGCCCGAUGGGUGUUCUGGGGUGUUCGGGAACAAGCCUGGGCUCGGGCUAUGGGGGUUGUCACCCAGAGAGCUGGGACCUGUUGUCACCCAGAGAGCUGGACCUCAAGAGCAAUGAGGAUCAGAGCAGACAGGGCCGGCUGUGGAAUGUUCUGGGGCCUCCCGCCUGGGAGCAGAGCCCUCGCGCUGCCGGCCUCCAGCUGCGAGCCCAGCAGCUGCAGUGCUGUGGGCGGUGGCCGCGGACGGUGGGGCUUGGGGCGGUCCCAGCCUGUCCUGCCUUGUGCCAUCACAGAUGCCCAGAGGGUACACCCCAGGCUCCCACUGACGCCGGCCCGGCUGCCCUCUCAGAGAAGCACGCUCGCCCCACCCCUGGCCAGGCCGCUCUGCCGCGGGAUCACUGUGACCUCUGAAAGAAAACAGAAGUCGCAGUCACUGCUGACCAUAGCAUCUGCUGGAGCAGCCGCGUCCCCGCUCACAGGGGUCCGGUCUCAGGGAGCCGAGCACUUCGUGUCCCAUCUGAGGGCACCUGCUGGGCCGGCAAGCUGCAGGGAUCCCACAGAGAGGCUCUAGGGGUGCUGAGGAGCCAUGCUGGUGGCGUUAGGGUGCCCGCAGCCACUCCCCUGGCAGCUCAGUGUCCCCCUACGUCGGGCCAAGCUGCCCUGCAAUGUCACUCGGACAGCCGGCCGAGUUUUCCCCCAGCAGCCGACUCAUCAAGGGACACUUUAACCACAAGACAACGGUCCAGGGGAUAAAAAUAGCCAAAAGGAUUGAGUCUUCGCUUUUCUCGAGCUGUGAAAGCCUUGUGGGUGCACCUGGGUCAGCAGCCGGCCUGGCCUACAGGUGCCGCCCAGCUUCUCGCCAACAGAUCUGCGAGGCUUCUUGGAGAAUCUUGGACUUUCCACCCCGUGGGGGUUUCCCUGGCAGCCCCCUCCUGCAGGGUCUGCUGGGGGCGGCCUACGAGACCCAGAGAGGAGCCAGGGCAAGCCCCCCCCCCCCCGCCUUCAGCUGCCCCUGGCUGUCAGAGAGCUGGGCCUUACUCAGGUCCCCCUCGAGGCGCAGGGCACAGAGACCCGCCGGCCUCUCGGCCGUCCGUCUCCAAGCCUCUGUCCCCACCUGGGCGGGAUCUCUUCCUCAAGCGUGGUCAUGUUACACAGCAGACGCGUCCGGCCCACCGCGCCCCGGGCCCUGUUCUGAGUACUUCGCAAUUACACUUUGCCCCGCUGGGCCCGCGUUGAUGACCCCAUUCUACAGAUGAGGAGACUGAGGCCCAAGGAGGCUACUUUAUUUUUAGGUCAUCUCCACACCCAACGUGGGGCUCAAACCCACAAACCCAGGAUCAAGAGUCACAAGCUCCCCCGACUGAGUCGGCCAGGUACCUCGAUAUGCUGAAUUCUUCAGUGAGAAUUGCUAUUCCAGUCCCAGCUGCGCCCCCAAAGGAACUGGAAGGAGGUGUGCAAAAGCCAGUGCAAAAAUGUCCACGGCAGCACUAUUCAACAGCGGUUACGGGGCGGGAACAACCCAGUUGUUCAUCUAUGGAGGAAUGGACACAUCAAACGCAGCCUAGCCACACGAUGGAAUUGUUCAACUGUGAAAAAGAUGGGAUACAGACCCUGCUGCAGUGCGGAUGCGCCUCGAAAGCGUGAUGCUCGCUGAAGUAAGCCAGACGUAAAAGGCCGCCUGCUACACGGCUCCAUUUAUAUGAAAUUCCCAGAAGAGGCAAAUCUGUGGAGACAGAAAACAGAUCAGUGGCUUGUGGAGCUGGGGGGGUGGGGUGGGCAGCGAAUGGGUAUGGAAUGUGCAUGCGGGGUGACCAAAAAGUUCUGGAAAUGGACAGGGAUGGUUGCACACCAUUACAGUGGACUAAUUACUCCAGGAUCUUGAACUUUCAAAUACUAAAACUUUUAAAUUUUAUGGUAUGUUUAUCUUACUAUAAAUAAAAACUUGGUCUAAAGAUCAGGCAGAUGUAUUGGUGGGGAUCUAUCUGUGGUUUCUCUGCUCUGUUCCAUUGAUCUGUGUGUCUGUCCAUCCACCAGGACCACACAGUCUCGAAUACCACAGCCAUA